GAAGCGCAAUACUGACAGAGGAGAAAGAGAGAAAUGAAAAGAGAGGCCAGACCAGGCCGGAUCGAAAUCGGGCAGCAACGAACGAGAUAUCAAAAUUCUAAAGCCAUAGUGAGAGAGAAGCAUCAUCCGGAGUACAAUGUUAUUGCGCUCCUCGCCGUCAUCGCUGUCGUUUUCUGCGAAUUGUAUGUGAUAUUCAAAAUGUCUACCUUUGCGGAGGACUGAAAGAAUCGAAUCGAAACUUGCCUUCCAGCUCCCAGGUAGGAUUGGGCAAUCGACCGUGUUUGGAUAUAAUAUCGUCGUGAUGUCGCCGGCCAAGUGAUGUAAAAUUGUGUCAGCCGAAGCCUGUGUCUAUCAGUUUUUCAGUUUUGGAAUCAAAACCCGGAAUCGGGCAGAGCAGAGGAAUCGAAAUCGCUUCCGCCGCGUCCUACGCUUUCCACCGUCGUCGUCGUUGUCGUCGUUUUUGCGUGUGUUCAUUGAAUUUUUAAGUUUUUCAGUGUUUGAGCCCAAGUCCCUUGUUCCUACGGGGGGAGCUUGCUAAUCUAAGGCGUUUGUGCGAAGAACCAGUGAUAAUCUCUGUUUUUGUGGUGAAGAUUGUCAUGGAGAAGGGAACUAAUGCUCGGUGCCAAUAGAAGGGAAAAAGUGGCUGUGAAAAUGGAAGCCCUCAAAGGCAGAAGCUAUUUUUCACCGGAGAUUGCGUAAAAAAAACUUCCACUACUACGUGUGGAAGUGAUUUCCGAUUUGCAUUGGGAGGAAAACGUGCAUAUUUCUGAGAUUGUUGCAAAUGAUACAUAACAUAUUGAUAACAGCAUAAUCUGACUGUAAUCAGAUUCGACCGGAAAGUGUGCAUUAUCAGUGUCUACGGGAAGUUUUGUCGUGCUGGAAAAAUCGAAUUAGAAUCCACGGAUUCCCACGGGUGCUUCCGCAGUGGUCUGUAUGUAAAUAUCACUGAAGGGAAAACAAGACAAAAAAUCAAUAUUUACUAAUUUAUAACAAGAGAGAAACAUAAACCCGCAGAGAUGAAUAAAAAGCGCGGAGAGAUCGUGAGCAGACGGAUUGAGAGAUAAUACGAAACACGCAGGAAGAAUAAUGUGAAGAAGGGAAACAAAGCAAAGAAAGGCAAGAAAUCAAGAUAAGUAAUCUUCGGAACGUAUAAUAGAAGAGAAGUGAAUGCGACAAAAGUUCUGUGAUUUAUGAUAGUGAAAGCUCCAAACGCGAGUCAAUGCAGGUUGCGUGCAUACACACACAUAUACGAAAAAUUUUCCGAAUGAGGUCUCGGUUUUUGGCGAGGGGAGUGGAAAUUGAGUGAUCGCAAGCAAUAGUGAAAAGUGACAGCACGAGGCGUAUAUUUCUUCCAGGAUUUUGGAUUGGGUGCAUGUGAGGAUUCGGUCGAUUUUUUCGGUCGCUCGGCUAGAGUUUGUACGCGCCGCAGGCUACAGAAGAUUUCGCUGUUUGAGCGAACAGCAUUCCAAUACUCAAUAAGGAAGUCUAUUUGUGCAGUGAAAUACUCCUAGAGUCAACCGGAAGUUGACGGAUUAGUCUCCAAUUACACAUAGUAGUAUUUAUCGUACCAUUAUUGCAUUUUAGCUGUACCAUCCGUUAGGGAUUUUUUUACUUUUCUCUUCGAAUGCAAUAUAUAGUAGAAAGUGUGACUUUUCAAAUUAUCAUAAUUAUACGAAAAAAAUAUUUAUAAGCCAGAAGAAGCGGAAUCUCUGUAACUGCUUUUGCUUGUGAUUAGCCAAAAAAAAGUAGAGCUUGCACGUCAACAAAUCAAUCAACCAAAACCACGCGGUUUUGUCUUAUUCGAAGUAAAGUAUCAAUUCAAUCCGACUUUUUCUCCGCGUGCCAUUACACAAAUAUCAAAUCAAAUCAAACAUAAAGUGAGAAGAAAAACAGUGUUUGUGUGCAUCGGGUUAGAAGUGAAGUUUAUCGGGGUGAACUCGGAGUGAUCAUUAGCAGCUGGGGUAUAGGAUUUGCAUCCGGAAGCCCACUCACUUCCUCUCUAACCAUGUUGCCGUCUGCCGCUUCGGAGCGGUCCUACCAUCAGUUGCUGCGUGGGCAGCUCGUUGCGUUCUUUGUUGUAACCGUGCUUGUUGUUGGAAACCUAUGUGCCUGGCAGGAAAACGUUCGACCAAAGCUCUACGUGUCUCUAGACGACGAGGAGUAUUUGAAGUUCCAAGGAAACGACUCAACAAUCGACUAUUUCAAACUAGUGUUGCGUGAUGCCACUACCAACAGCUUGUUGAUUGGUGCACGGAACAUUGUGUACAAUCUGAGCAUAUACGACCUGAAUGAGCAGACGCGGUUGGUGUGGUACUCAACGGAAGACGACAUCAAAAUGUGUGUGAUGAAGGGAAAAGAUGAGGAUCUCUGCCAGAACUACAUCCGCGUACUGGCGCUUCAGUCGUCGGGGACGCUGUUGGGUUGCGGUACCAACGCAUUCCGUCCGCUAUGCCGAGUGUAUGGCAUCAACGGAAACAGCUAUACAGUCGAAUCGGAAAAACCCGGACAGGCCGUGUGUCCGUAUGAUCCAGCGCACAACUCAACGGCAGUGCUAGUCGAUAACGAACUCUACUCCGGCACGGUGGCUGACUUCAGCGGUCUUGACCCAAUUAUCUACCGGGAACCACUGCAGACGGACCAGUAUGACAGCUGGAGCCUGAAUGCGCCCAAUUUUGUCGAAUCAUUCACGCAAGGUGACUUUGUCUAUUUCUUCUUUCGUGAAACGGCCGUCGAGUUCAUCAACUGUGGCAAGGCCGUCUUCAGUCGUGUGGCCCGCGUGUGCAAGUGGGACAAAGGUGGACCACAUCGGUUCAAGAAUCGGUGGACCACUUAUCUCAAAUCUCGCCUCAACUGCUCGAUGCCGGGAGAUUUUCCGUUCUAUUUCGACGAGAUUCAAUCCGCGAGCAGUCUGGUCGAGGGCCGGUAUGGCAACGGAAAUUCCAAGCUAAUCUACGCCGUAUUCACGACAUCAACCAACGCAAUCGCGGGCUCGGCGAUAUGUGCGUUCUCGUUACAGGAUAUUGCGGACACAUUCGAGGGAAACUUCAAGGAGCAGAGCGGAUUGAACUCUAAUUGGCUACCUGUUAACCCAUCGAAGGUACCCGAUCCACGGCCCGGCUCGUGUCAUAACAACUCCCAAACGCUGCCCGAUUUAACGCUCAACUUCAAAAAGACCCACUCACUGAUGGAUGAAACAGUGCCAACGUUUUUUGGCUCACCGAUUUUGUCCCGCGUUAGCACCGUCUAUCGAUUCACCGCCAUCGCGGUUGACUCUCAGAUCAGAACUCCCGGCGGGAAAACGUAUGAUGUGAUUUUCGUUGGAACAGAUCACGGAAAGAUCAUCAAAACGGUGAAUGCAGAGUCUGCCGAUUCCAGCAAAAAAGUUUCCUCGGUGGUCAUCGAGGAAAUCGACGCUCUUCCUACGAGUGAACCGGUGCGAACGUUGGAAAUCGUGCGAACUAUGCAAUACGACACGCCGAAAGACGGAAGCUAUGAUGAUGGAAAAUUAAUUAUAGUCACCGAUACAACCGUGAUAGCGAUUAAAUUACACCGCUGCAGCAGUGAAAAGAUAACAAGUUGCAGCGAGUGCGUGGCACUACAGGAUCCGUACUGCGCCUGGGAUAAAAUUGCGGGCAAAUGCCGCUCGCACGGUGCCCCUCGAUGGUCGGAGGAGAACUACUUCUAUCAGAGCGUUGCCACCGGGGAUCACGCCGCCUGUCCCUCGGGAAAGGUGCCCAAAGAUGCCAAAGUUGAGAAGCAAGGAUACCGAGGUGACAUCGACUACGAUCCACAGCGACCGAGCAAAGAUCAACCGGGGAACGACAUGAUAAGCAUCAUGCAGGACAAGAAUGGAUACGACGACAAAGGACCCCAAAUUACGCCAGACUUCAUCAAUGCCCAAUACACGGUGGAAACGCUCGUGAUGGCUGUGUUGGCAGGGGCAAUAUUCGCUCUGCUAGUGGGCUUCAUCACGGGUUACUUCUGUGGCCGACGUUGCCACAAAGAUGAGGAUGACAAUUUACCCUAUCCAGACACGGAAUACGAGUACUUUGAGCAACGACAAAACGUGAAUCGGAUACAAACCGAACCGAAAUUACUUCCACAGGUCGAAGAAGUGACCUACGCCGAACCUGUACUAUUACCUCAGCCAUCUAGUCAGAAUAAGAUGCAGCAUUCGCCAAAAAAUACGUUAAGAAAACCGAUGGGUCACCAUCACGGUGUCAACUCGGAAACUUUGUUCCAGUUCCAGCCUGAUGGCUACAAUGCUCGUGAUAAUUACCGAGGUCGUGAUAACUUCGGUACCCUCCGAUCCCACCAAGGUGAUAAUUAUCGUCGCGGUGACGGGUUCUCAACAACAAGAAGUGUGAAGAAAGCGGUCCUUAAUACUAAUACUCGUAACAGAAGUCUCGGCCGAAUGAAAAGGCAGCCGCCCCGCCAUGGCAUAGUAACACAACAUCGUUCCGAAAGUCCACAGAAUUCCAGUUCCGGAUCUUCCCCAGUCAUGUCAAAUAGUAGUUCUAGUCCGGCGCCUCCCUCGAGCAGUCCUAGUCCACAAGAGAGCCCAAAAAACUGUAGUUAUAUUUAUAGGGAUUGAUUAUUGAAUAAACCCCAGCCACCUCUACCGCCCCCGCCUAUUAACGAUAGUAGCGAAAGCGCUACUUCAUCCUAUCAAUACGAUGGAAGUGCAGCAAUCCGUGGAGCGACAACAGCAGCAGCGGCAGUGAUCCUUCGCUACAAGAACAGUCACAACAGCAUCACUAGCAAUGAUGCAAACAGAAUACUAAAUCGCCUUUCGACCUCGUCGUCUCUCUCAAUCAUUACGCCACCAACGACUCCGAAACGUCCCUCUACCAACCGUCUGAAGAUGGCCCUUAGUAUCUCGCUGACCCAUAAUUUCAACCAGAAGUUGGCGAAUCUGAACGAUAGAUGGAACGAUUUCAGCUUUAUGUUGAAAAGCAACGCCGUCAAGGGAACGACCAGAAACGACUCAUACCACUCGAUCGAAUCGGCCGUAACGUGCACGGUGGCCGAUCUUGAGGCGGACAAUGCGAUUGGGGGUAUCGACGAGGGGAAAUGCAAUAGAACCGUACCGAAGCAGGGUAACAGUGGUGGCAAUAGUGGGUUGUUAUGGAAUAGCGCCAGCGGCGGUAAGUCGAACCAUCAACGACAUCAUCAUAACCAAAAAUCAUCAUACGAGCGAAAUAAACGAUUAUCUCCGAGGCGCAACAGCACCAGCGGGGAUCCGAAAGAAUUCGACAUGCUAGUACUGAAACCCAUGGGCAGUUGGGAAGAUAAUGAAAGCUUCUAGGUUGGCUUCCAUUGUAGACACGCGCGACUCUCUGAUGUUUCUGCGUUCGCUUGCUUUUGUUGUGCGAAUUGUGGCCAUUUUUCGUGUCCGGAACAUCAUCCGGAAGGCACAAAUGCUAGAAAUACAAACAACCUCAGACGAAAACGAUACACACAAGAAAGUGAAGGGAAAAAAACCGUCAGUUAUAUGCUUUGCUUAAUUUUUCUUUCCGGAGCAAAGAAUAAUAGAACGCAUCUGCCUAAAAUAGAGCGUUCCCUGUCGAACGCAUCCAUCACAAACUGAUAUUACGCUAGAAAAAGUUAUUUCAAGUAAUAAACACGUGUACAUAUACCUACAAAUAAGAAUCAUAUUGAUCCAUUGAAUACUACAGAUUUUUGCGUACACAACACUACUAUGUCUAGUGGUAACAGGGGAUUCAAACGGACUGCGCAAGAAGUAAUCGAAACCAUUUUUACCGCAGUAUUAAAACAGCCAGCAGAAUGCUUCAAACAACCACACAAUAAUCGUUUCCGUCGACUACCCAUGAUUGCAUAGUAAAACGUAAACCCCAAAAUGAACACAUUUCCACUUUUUCGUUCAUCUGGAUACCAUUCAAAACAUUUGAGUGAUACUGAAGAAAACCUUUUGGCCUAAGUGGCCUUUGACGCAACACAAUAUAACCAGGGGCGUAAAGCUUAAAAAAAUAUAUUUUUCAGAUGGCGAUGAAAAAAACAAGAGAUAAUUUAAUGAGAAUGAAUUUCCCAUGAAACACAAUUUCAUUGACCGUGUUGGCAUGUUUUUCAGUAUUUUCUUAGAUUUAUUUAUUAGUUCCUUCUACGUUUUUGUCAUAAAAUUACUGGAGAAAAACCCUCCGCUUCAGGUUUGCCCAGAAGAACGUUGAAGACGUUCGGAGGGUUGUUGGACUCCGGAACAACAUCUAUCUUCAAGCGGUUCUUCUCCUCCACUCCAUUCCAUUUUUGUUUUCAAGAACCCCCGCUACUCCUGAGAAUGGCCUUUGUGGAAAGAAACUCCUCCUUACUCCUUCUUCACCUAUCUUGAAAAAGACAAUCCAUUGCCGCUCGAAGCUCGCAAGCAACGAUGUUGCUUCGAUGACCACCAAACGAGAAGUGAAUGAUCUAAUCCAGUGAUUUCCGGAUCCGAGGCCAGAUCUGGCCAAAACACCACAUCCUCGUCCAGAUGAUAUUUUUGGAUCGAGGAAGCAACUUCCGGCAGGCAGUUUGUGCUGUAAAUCUCCCCGUUCACCGUAAGUCCCGAACGGAAGAAGAUCGGCUUCGACAUCCCCUUUUCGCUGAUGGUUAGCCACAGCAGCUUCUUCUUUGGGAACUUGGUGUGGGCGAUGCACUUCACGUCGGAACUUAUCUUAUUGGUGGGAGACGUAAAGUAACUUGUUUUCUUGCUAAUCGUUGCCAUCCAGCGUUGAAUACGUCUUGUCGUCCAUGGCGACCGAGACGUUCCGUUUCGCCGGAAAAAAAUCAUUUUUUAUCGCUUUUAGCCUUUGUUUCUUGCUCACAGCUUGCUGCUCCAACACCGCCGGUCUUGACUUACGUUCCCGCAUAAUGAUGCCCAUCUCCGCUAGAUAUUUUUUUCACUGACUGGUCCGUUGUUCCGACCUCUCGACCAAAAGUUCGGAACGACGUUGCCACCCUGCCUUUCAUGUUCUUUUAGCUUAAGCUGCAGUUUACGAUCGCAUAGCACCGCAUAGAUCGCAUUAUCUUUCUUCCAUUCUCGCGCUUUACAGGUCUAAAAAAGGCCACAUCUACAGGAUUCGGCGUUAAUAUCUGUUCGGCAAAUUUUGACAUCUUGCGCGAAUGUCUUGCUUAGUUCCCCGUGAUCACGUAAAAAUCGACUCAUCCAAUUCUUUCCUGCUUUGUUGUUUACAAAUUUGAAGAUAGAUUCUCACAACUUCCCGUAGAACGUUCGCUCCGACGGGAAAUCCCCAUACCGAAAACAGCGAUAGAUGAUUCACAAACAACCGUUCUUCUUCCGAUGAAGAUGUUUUCUGUUUACCGGCCGAAUCGGUAUGGACUUGUCGCAGCCUGUUGUAAAUUGAUCGACAGCUUAUGCCGUACACUUUAGACGCUCCCAUUACCAUUCCGUUGGUAGGUUUAUUUCCAUUCAAACACUUUGAAAGUUUCUCGAUGGGCAGAGAAGAAUAUUUCGGCAACCCAUAAAAUCGGCAAUACGUACGCACCAUAUUUACUGAUCAUACUUUGCAUAUAAAUCUGCGUAAAAGUGGUGGUUUUUUAUUGUUUACAGACAAACCUUCUUCACUACGUUACCUUCGAACAAAGUAGAGAGUUUGUGGUCGGGAAUCACUAAAUCACCUAUUUUCAAUAUAAUAUAGCUCUCGCAAAGGAAAUACAAUACAUCCAGCAUUGAAUCAAAAGUAACUCUGUCAAGUUUCAAACCCAGCGGAAUUGACGUCGUCAUAUCGUCCAGUGCAUAAUGCCUUCGUUAGGAGCUUUCAUACUGGACGAUCCGCAACUCUCGGCUUGGCCCGUGUCCAGGUCAAAUUUGGGUCAACUCCUCUUGUUUCGUUUGUGAGGCUCCGUCGCCAGGAACUUCUGGGUCUGCCUCUGCUGCGAUGUCCUUGGGGUUUCCAGUCUAAUGCGUGUCUACAGAUUUCAGUACUACUCUUCCGUAAUAUGUGGACGAUUCACCCCCACUUACACUCCUGAAUCUCUGUUUCAUAAACGGCGUCUGCUGGCAACGACGAUGGAGCUCUUCAUUCCAGAUUCAGCUGUCUCGCCACCAGGCCCGAAUUAUGUACCUCAGGCAUCAGUUCACGAAUACCUGAACCUUUCUCUGCUGAUACGCCCCACGUCUCACAAGCGUGAAGCAGCACUGAUUUCACAUUGGAAUUGAACGUCCGGAUUUUGGUGUGGCGACUGAUCUGGUGUAACCUUCAUGUCUUCCUUCCUCGUCUUCUUGAUCCGCGCGUAUAUAUCGAUGUUAGUCCCGCCAUCAGAUGCAAUCUGGCUUCUCGACCAUCUCUACUGCUUGCCCAGCUACUGGAUAGUUUAGAAGGCGUGACCGUGUUGACAUCCAAAGCUUUCGUCUUUCUGACAUUGAUGCUCAGUCCAUCCGCGGACGAGCACGCGGCCACGUCGUCAAGCUUACUCUGUAUAUCAGAGUGCCGCGUCGAUGCUAGUGCAAUGUCAUCAGCAAAAGCAAAGUCGUUGAGGUGCUCAAUCCUAAUAGGCCCCCAAAGUAGCCCACGGGUCGGCUCACGGUCGAUAGUGCCCACCGUGAUAUGAAAAUAAACAGUCUUGUCUAGCACUAGUCGCGACCCGGAUUGGAUCGGACAAGACCCCGUUGUGCAAGACCCUGCACGCAAAGACCUCGUACUGUGCUGACACUAGGUUGACUAAUUCUGCUUUCCUCCUUUGAGCCUUAGGGCGCUCCAGAGGUCAUCGUGGUUAAGGCGGUCGAAGGCUUUAUUGUAAUCGACGAACACCAGUUCCACCAGCACCAGCACCUCCUGGAAUUCAUUGAUCUGCUCGAUAACGAUGCGCAGCGUAUCAAUGUGGUCGUUACAGGCCCUACCAGCUCCAAAUUCCGCCUGCUGUCGUCGGAGCAUCGCAUCUAUCUUCGCCUCGACCCGGUUGAGGAUUACCUUGCAUAGGAAUUUAAGAAUUGCACACAGCAGCAUGAAAAUUCGCCAGUUCAAAUCUGAUACUUUUGAUUGCUGCUUCUAUUUCUCACAAUGAUCGCGCCUCUGUGUUGACACGGGAAAUGCGUCUUACUGGAAGCUACUAACACUGGUUGUUCGCGGGCACUCAGAUCAGCUGCUCGAAUUGUUCAAACCAGCGUUUCAACUGAUCAGACGCGUCUUUCGCAGGCAUCUUGGUAUUCAUUCUUGCUCCAAUAAGGCGUGCUGAUGCAUCGUAGAGGAGGCGAAGGUUACCGGUUGCAGCAGCUAUCUCCUCUUCGUUAGCAAGAGAGUCAGCCCACGCUCGCUUGUCCCGUGGACACUGUAGGUGUUAUUCUCAUUCGAUUUUUCUGUCUAAACCCACUAGCAAGAGAAUACAACCUUUGUAUCAAUGACCAAUGAGUAGAGAAAAUAAAGUCGUGCGUUCAUUAGAUUGGCGAUAGCCAGCUUGAUCAGUGGUGUUUUUCAUUUCCUCCCUUAAAGCCGAAAUCUUAAAGACACGAACGCUUUACUUCCAGGUCGAGGGCACGAUACCGACGAUAUCGCUCUAUCGCGACUUUGGCGUCCUUUCGAUCAUCUAUCAUCUUCCAGGUUUCGUCCGAGAUUCAUUCUUUUCUCUGGCUGCGCAGUUCAUUCAGGCGAUUCUCGUGAUGAAUACGAUGACGGUGGUCUACUGGUCCUCGACGCUACCACCAGCAGGAACAUCCUCGGUUCAGGUCCUCAUUUCAUCCACAAAAGAUCUUUUCACGCUAGGAUCUUUCAGUCGGAGUGUGUUUAAUCGACCACCGAACGUUUUCUCCCUCCAUUGAACCCGCGCUAUGCGUAAACGUGUUUCUCCGAUGAGAAGUGGGUGGUCGGAAGCGAUGUCGGCACUGCGUUUAUUCCGCACAUGAAGCAGGCUCCAUCCAAACGUUCGACUGAUGCAGAUGUGGUCGAUUUGGUUCUCAGUGUAACCGUCACUUGAGACCCACGUGACUUUGUGUGCUGUUAGAUGGGGAAAAAAUCGUGCCCUAAAUCACCAUGUCGUUGUUGCCACAACACUCUGCAAGCGGGUUCGCCAUUUUCGCCAUUUUCACUCAUCCCGCCUAGACUGUGGCGUCUCAUGACGGGCUCGUAGUCCGUGUUUUCGGAAGCUAUCUUUGCGUUGAAGUCACCCAUUAGGAUCUCGAUAUCACUCUUCGGAAUCUUGUCCACGGCGCCAUUUAGCUGGUUGUAGUAGUUCUCUUUCUUCUGCGGCUCGGCAGCGUUGGGUAGGGCGUAGCUCUGAAUUUUUGAAAGGUUUCGCACUCGUGUCCUGAAUCUGGCUACGAUCACCUUGCUGCUUCUAGACUCCCACUUCAACAGUACACGUUGAGCAGGAAGCCAUCUUCACGGUGGUGUAAAGCGUUGUCGUCACGUAUAUCAGAGUACAGUAGUACCUAUCCCGAAGGUAGCCGGUGUUCUCCAAACUUCGUCCAACGGACUUCACCCUGCCUCAGAGUCUCGAGUCUCGUGCGCCUCGCCUCACUAUCCAAUUGGGCCAGCUUACCCUCCUGAGCCAAGGUCACAAACAUUCAAUGUUCCAAUUCGUGUCCGUUGUUUCAUGCUAAAAGUCGUAGCCGUUAAAUCUGUCCGUUUUCUUCUAACUCGGGUUUCCAUAACAGUUAGUUCAUUUCGGGUACAGCGGGUUAUUAGCCCAAGGACCAUACAUUGCAUCGGGUCAUCUCGUAAAACGAUAACGGGUGAUAACGAGCCGAAGCGACGAUGUGGUUCUGGGAUGUAUGGAGGAUUAAAGCCACCCCAAAAGACAUCACAAUACAGGGGGUUCGAAUAAGAUUGCGUCGGUAGCUCUGCAAUAAUAUAAUUUCAUAAUCAAUCGGCGUUGUUGAACUGAUGGUACCAAUUCUAAACAACCUAUCGACCUAAAUUGCACCACAAUACUCUUUGUUUUCGUAGGGUAGACGACAAGCAGAAUGCGCUAAAGGAUUAUGAUGGUGGAUAUCGUGAAUCGGUUCCAACUGAUGUCUAUCGUGUCUGAUGGUCAUUUUCAUGGCUAUCAGCUUCCGUCCAAACGUAAGAUAAUUUCGCUAACUCAAUGACAACUUCCCAGGAUAAACUUAGCGGCUCAAGUCCUGUUGACCAUUUGCCACAGAACGGCUCCGGUCGCGGUGUUUGGGGUAACUGCACAUCGGGUUUGACGGACGAACCGUUUGUAUCCAUUUACAAAUACAACGAAUCGCCGAAGAUCCUUAAUCGUUGUUGGCCAGGUGAAAAAUUGAUGUUAUAUUCUUUCAGGGUUCGUUUCCAUCCAUCGAAAGGACUACUAAUCGAUAACAGCCAGGCAGUUCGUUUCGUCAAAUAAACCACACAAUUAUAUAGAGUUGGAAAAAAGAAAUGUCGUAUUUCUGAUCGAAAUUUGACGCUUUUUUAACAUACUUAAAAUUAUCCAAUUUAAGUCAAAUAUGCGCUGUUUUGUUCGCAAACUUGUUGCCAUUUAGAAGGCAACUUCAGUUUAUGUAUGUGUUUUUUCACAAUGGAGUAAAGUGAACCGCAAAACACUCAUUUGUCAAUUUAGCUUCGUUAGGUCCCUAAUGCGAUUUCAUGUUUCGGAAUAUAAUUUCCAUUGCUAAGAAGAAAUGGAAAGUCUAAUCAUUCACUAUGCAGAUGGCAGAGUUGUUAGCUCUUGUUCGUAAAUAUGAAAAUAGAGAUGGUUGAUACCAUCUAGGUGGUGUUUUGCUGACUACCAAUUGUUACACUGCUGACAUGUUCUUUUCCGCUAACUUAUUUUGACUAUGUAAAGAGCUACGAAUUUUGUUUUGUUCUGUUCUAUCGAGGAAAAUUUUCGCUUCAUCGACGGUGUACUCAUAGUCGAAUUCAAUAUUCGAAGCAUUCGGUACUACGGUCAUGUAUUGCGAAAGAGUCACGAUUUUCGAGUUGUUUCUGAAUUACAAUGGAGUUGAGCGCCGUUGUUUUGCACGAAUCAACGAGAAAAGAUUCUCCAGACAAUCUUAGACGAGUUGUUAUGGAUAUCAUUAUUAUAUUAUAGAUAUGGGUAUUUAAAAGACUUAUUUUAUCCUUUAUCCUUUUUGAGAUUGCCUUUCAGAAAAUAUGCAAAAUUAAUAAAUUCGCAUCAACCAAAUGUUACGAUUCAUAGAACCAGAAAUUAAAAAAAUCCGAAAUUUUAUAAUACUUGGCAACUCUGCCAUAUUUAGGCAUGGCUUCGUUUUUGUACGACGAAGAAGAGUAAGAAGCCAGUUGUCUCAUCUUGUCUUAGACCAGUACGGGGUAUGUAUCUUCGACAGCCAUUAUAUCAGAACGAAAUCGAUCAAACCAACGCUGUGCUGUGCGAAUCGUUACAGUAUCGGGUCCAUAAACUACACGAAUAUUUUCGGCCGCCUUCGUUGCAGUUUUACCUCGCAGGUAGUAAAAACGUAAAAUAUGCCGUAUUCCUUGCUUGCUGGACUUCAUCUUUGACGCGCUAUAACUUGAGACUGAUAAGAACAAUCACAACACUGUCAAAACGACACUUAUAGCACAGAUAGCCGUAUAGUAUGAUGCGAUAAGUACAACACAAGAUAUGUUUAAGUGUGGCCAUACAUUGAAAAUAUACGACUUUUUUUUCCCCCAACUCAAUAUAUUGUUAACAAUUUUUUGUACAGUUUCCUCGCCUCGCGCAUUUACCUCCCAAUUCUGCUUUGAACUCCGGUCUACCUCAAUCUGAGCCUUAAUUCAGCCUUUUUUUCUUCGCUUUUCGGACGAAUGAUUGCGAAACAUUUGCUAUUUUAUCGCUUUCCUCGAUGAUAGCCACGGGUUCCACAUAAAAAGACCCACUACAUUACCAUGUGUUUUAGGAUCCGCUGGCUUUACUUGUCUACCACUUCCGGACAUCUAGGCGAUGGUCAGACUUUCCCCGAACCGUUUCAGAACAUCAUACAUCGUGGUUUCGAAAAUUUCAGAAGGUUUUGCUAACUCUAACUCUUUUGCUAACAGCCACUUUGUCCUGUAAAUCUCCCCGUUCACCGCAAGAACCCGAACGGAAGAAGAGCGGCUUUGAAAUACUCUUUCGCUGAUGGUUAGCCACAGAAGCGAAACUUGUUGUGAGAGAUGUCGAAAUUUACCUCCUUGGUGGGGGAAGUAAGGUAGCUGAUUCCCCGUCAGUCGUUGCCAUCCAGCGUUAAAUACGUCUUGUCGUCCAUGAUGACCUCGACGUUCGGCUUCGCCGGAAACAUUCCAUUCUUCAUCACUUUCGACCUUUGUUUCUGGGUCACAGCCGUUCCGACAUGGCUGAACUUGCCUGACGUUUUCGUAUGAUGAUGUCCAUCUCUGCUAAGUAUUUUUUCACCCGGAACGAUUAACCACUUUUCCCUUCGUCUUCUGCUUUGUAGAGAUGGGCAAACCGUUCACGAACGGUACGAAAGAACUAGUUCGCCGAAAAGAGUGAACGAGCGGUCGUUCUUUUUCAAAGAACGAUAGUUCUCCCCACGAACUGAUUGCGAGCGAACGGUUUGUGAACGAACUGAUUCCGUAAGAACGGUUUGCGAGUGAACUGUUUGGGAGUGAACUGUUGGAGAGUGAACUGUUUGUGAACGAACUGUUUGCGAGUGAACUGUAUGGGAAAGAACUGAUUGAGAGUGAACUGUUUGGGAACGAACUGUUUGAGAACGAAGUGUUUGCGGACAAAUUGGUUUGCGAACGAACGAGUGCAGCUGAACUGAUUUGCACUGGGCGGAAUGGAUAAAUAUAACGAGAACGCUUGUAAGGAAAAUAAAACGAUUUGUCAUUUAUGAGCAAAAUGCGUGUAACGCAGGGUUUAUUUUGUUAAUGUAUUCUCAAUUUUGGGUUAAAAAUUAAAUUAGAUUCUCGUAGUUUUAAAAGCAAAACUUCAUAUACAUAUCAUAAACUUUCUAUUUAUCAGAAAAAAUCUGGGGGAAGCUGGGGCGAUUCAUGGAUUAAGUAAAAUACAAUUUUAUAGUGAGGGUAUGUUGAGAAAAAAGUUUUUUCGUUGCUUUCAAUUCAUUGUUUGGCCAAUUGCGUGAACCUGUGUAUUGUCCAAAAAGAGAAUAUGAAAAAUUGCACAUAUUUUGUGAGCAUCAAAUUAUUACAUAAACUUUUGUCGACCGAUAAACAUAUUUUCACAUACAGUUUGCGACUUUUAAUGAAGCAGCUUAUCUUUCCCCACUAAAUUUCAAAAAUAUAAAUCCCAUACAUACACUAUCCAAUCCAACGAUAUCAAUAUUGAUGCUGCUGUCUAUUGAUGUUGGGUUCCAGCUAACAUUCUAUGUUGUUCUUAAUAUCGUUGAACGAAAGAGCGAAAGAACGGUUCAAAAGAACUGAUUCACUUAGAUGAACGGUUAGUGAGUGAACCGUUCAUCAAAGUGAACUGUUUUGCCCAUCUCUACUGCUUUGGCUCCAGCAGCAGGCUGUCAUUCAAUGCAUUCAUUCUUCUCCAAAAGUGUAAGGAUAUUAUAGACACCGAAACGGGCGUAUUCGGUGACACUCAAAGCACCUGACGAUGUCCACCUUCUUCACAACGCAGUUGCUGUUUUCGCCAUACCUUCCGCAGUUCAACUGAUAGCGCUGUCAAAUUUUGUUUGAAAACUCAUGGAUUACUAUGAUUGACGAUGCACAAGUGGUCUCAUCUCAAGGUAUUAACGUGAACGUAUAAAAAAUUGGUAAAAUUGGUCCUUUUUUUUAAUACAAGCGUUGUUGGUAAUUUAAUUCUUUUUGAGUGAUUUUCUACUCAACUUCGUAUCAAGUCAGUUUACAAAAUCGAAUGAUUAUUAUGUUUCAUGUUAUGUCACAUGUCACAGUUUUAACUCGUGCGGUGUAUUCAGUCGUCGUUUUACUAUGCAAUCAUAGGCAGAGUCGAGAUGACGAAGAGAAAGCGAAGCAAAAAACAAACCAGUAGAAAAUUAAUCAUAUAAUUUUACUUGAUAUCCUUCAUCAUAGCACAUAGCGUAGCAUAGAGAAGAAGAGAAUAUUUCAUGAUUUCGUCGGAUUGAUUUCGAAUCCACCUCCUUUAAUGCCAAAUCAUCUUCACCGUCGUAACAAACGCUACGGAAUAUUUACGAGUAGAAUAUUUUUUUAUUUAAUAUUUCUCACCCCCCACACACAUACACAUACACACGGAUCGCUAUUGGAAAGGACUAGGAUAUUUCUCAAAAAUCUCACUCUCUCUCUCCAAAUUAACAAACGAAAGAUCUGAAAGGUAGUAGUCGACUAUUUAAAUAUAAGGCUUGCAUUGUUUUAGGUUGUUGAAUUCAUUGAUGUCAGUUAUAUGCUAGAUUUUUUUUUAUUUUAUAGUCUACAUUUUUGGCUUUGUUAUGUAUGAAUUUAGGAUAAAUAUUUUCGCGGUUUUUUGUUUGUACAGAUGUGAUUUAUAGCUGAAAAUAUUUUACUUCAAGACUCAUUUUACUCUUGGUUUUUCAAAUUUCUUCCCCUCCAUUACGAGAUUGGACUGUGGAAUGUACAUCCGACUCAGCAUUUAAUAUAUAUAUUUAUUUGGUAUACAAAAGUGGCUUUCGUUUUAGUUUUAUAUCACAGGUUCCUUCCUUUUGCACUUUAUGUUUUAUCGUGUGACGAGUUAUUAUCGAACGUAUAAUAUACAAAAAGUCAAUUCCGAUUGAGAUAUUAGACUCAAUAGCACAGAGGACACAUGACGUAUUUUCCGAUCGUAGGGAAUAAUACAGGAUAGAACAGCUACGCACGCACUCGAAUCCUUCUGAAGACAAAAUUACCAGUCAUGUUUUUUUUUGCGCAAAAGAGACGCAAAAUGAAACCAAAUUUAUAUUUCACCAAACUAAAAAUUUACUGAAGUAAACCCAACAACCCAACAUAUAAUUGCCGAAUCGCAACAGUUGGAAAGAUUCCACUUAGGCUGCGUGCCGCUGAACAUACCGAUGACAAUUGUUGCGGGUGGAUGGAUGGAUGAGUGAAGCAAACUAGUAAAUAUGUAAAACACUAUGAAAGACUGAAAUUUAAAAUAACAAGAUGCAUCCAUUCGUAAAGUAUAGUAUAUAAAACCGUAUAUAUAUAAAAAUAAACAAGCGAACAAGUGAAUACAAGUAAUGAAAACACAACAAAAUAUAAAUAGACUUCGCAAUGCUUGGUAUGUUUCUAUUAUAGCUUACACUAUUACGAACUCUCGAACUUUGUUUGGUUUAUUCCGUGUUUCUUACAAAACGUUUAAAUGUAAAAACCUUUGGAGCAAUUGCAUGAGUUGGAACGAGAAAUCUCUUCAGUUUGGGGAUUGAUUAUAUUUGAUCGGAUCUAGGAUUUAAACAUUGCGUUGUUGGGUAUGAGCUUGUUGAGUUGGAUAAAACCAAAUAAUAAAGCACGUAAACUGUAACUAAUUGUAAAAAGUACAAAACAAAGCAGAGAAAAAAAAGCAUGAAUGAACUGUGUAAAAAGCACCUUGAUUUCCAUUGAUCGAAUUUUUAUAAAGUGUUUUCAGUUGAGGAGUUGGAGGAUGGAGGAUAAAAAUUGUAAAAUAACGCUAGACUGUACAGAUAUACUAGGAAAUGGAGUUUUGAGACGCAGAAUAGCAACAACAACAACUAUUACUACUACAAAAUUCAACGCGAGUAUCGAGUAUUUGUACGAAUUUUAGUGUACAUAUGAUUUGCUGCAUUACUUUCCUAAUGGAUAGCUUUUGAGUUUGGCCGCUGUAGUGAUGAGAGAUUAGAAAGUUGUUAGUAUUUAUUAUGAGAUAAAUUUAGAAUUAACGAACAAACAGAACAAAACAAAAAAAUAUUUAUUCAAUGAAUUACUUAUUUAAGAUAUUACUAACUACUUAGACGGGAAAGGCCAUAUGCAUUAGAAGUGGGAAAAAAAUACUAUAAUUAAGUGAGGUGCGACCACUGCGCAAGGGCAACAUUUUUAAUUGUACUUGUAAGGAAAUCUUUGAUUAUAUUCAUAUACAUAGGUAAUUUGCUACGGCAAAAGAAAGAACGGGAAUAACGCUAUGAGAAACUUUGGUUUGCUCGUUGUUUUUCUCUGGAGUGUGUAGCGGAUCGUUUUGGGGAAUUGAUUACAUAGUAAAUGGGGGUUUCUUUCAAAUUCAAUCGGAAAUAUUUGUAUCCAAUUUAUAUGAUUUACAAUGCAUUAAUGCAUUGAAACUUGUUGACAUUUGCGUUAUCUGUUGCAGAUGAUUAUAUGAAAUUGGCUUAACCAGAAUUAUCACUGAACCUCUUGCUGUACGAUCUCCGGUCCUUUGAACCAUCGAUUUUCACCUCCGGAGAUCUAACGAACUUCGUAGCUUCAUCAAAACAACCAUGGAUACAUAGGAGGCAAUCUGACGUAGUGGUAGCAUCCGUACCUCUCACCAGCUUAAGUGUUGGGAGUCAUUAUAAUACUGAAAGAGCGAAAGCCAUGGGUACGAUCCAUUAACCUUGGUGUCAACCUAUCUCUGAUCCACAACUGGGUCUCUAAGAUAUAGCCAAAUUGAAAGUGCUGACGAUGAUGCGGUCUAUCAAAAAAAAUAUCAAGACCUAUUCCGAGUACUUACACGUCCACGAGUCUUCUUGGUCCAUAGCCGCGGCUCAUCGCCAACGUUACCUACCUAUUGUACACAAAUCGUCUUCCUUCUGACCGAUCCAUCUUUCACGGUGCGCGCCUCUCCGUCUCGUUCCUAUCGGUUCGUUGUUGAGAACCAUUUUCACCGGAUGGACGCGUUGUACUUUCGCGAGCAUGGUCCAGGUCUUGUGACCGUAGAGAACUUGUAGAUGAUCAGCUUCGUGCAGCUUCUUAAUGUUGCUUCGCUCCACGCUGGGAACAUAGUACCUUCGUUAGAAGCUUCCAUCCUGGGUGAUCGGCAGUUUCACCUUGACCCGUGUCCAGGGCAAAUUUGGAUCGACUCCUCUUAUAUCGUUUGUGAGGCUCCGUCGCCAGGAACCUCUGGAGCUGCCUCUGCUGAUUUGUUCUUGCGGGUUCCAGUCUAAUGCCUGACUGCACAUUUCAUUUCCGCUCUUUCGUAAUGUGUGGACGACUCACACUCCUGGAUCUGUUAAUACCGCCGUCUGCUGGAAACGACGAUGGUGCAUCUUGGUAUUCAUUGUCAUUCGAAAUCAAGUUGUCUGGCCACCAGGCCCAAAUUAUAUACCUUAGACAUCGGUUCACGAAAACGUGAAGUUUCCGUGCGUUCUCUGCUGAUGACUGGUUGUUCACGGAUACUUGGAGCAGCUGCUCAAAGUGUUCGAACCAUCGUUUUAGGCUAAUCAGUGGAGUCGGUUAUCAACUGAUCAGUCGCGUCUUUCACAGGCAUCUUGGUAUUUAUUAAUUAUUACUUAUUAUUUAUUUAUUUCUCAUCUGGCUAGUUGCCUUAAUGAUAUCACAUGUACCGAUAAGACGAGGAAAAGCCCUUUUGAGUUUUUGGAUGUUUUACACAAAAGGACAUAAAAACCUCAUACCUUUUCAUAAUUCCUACUACAAGAUAUUAACAAUAACUAAGCACAUAGUACAGAGAAAAAACCUAAAAACAAAUAUUCUCAUAAAUCAUAAUAAUAAAAUUAGAGCCAUAAAUAAUAAAAUGUAUACAGUAAAACUGCUGAUCGGGGUGGAUCUUCAGUCUUCCAUUGUCUUCCAUUUCGAUUGAAUGCUGCAGCAGAAGAGUUAAAAUCAAACAUCUGUUAGACUUCGUUGAAUCUUGUCGCUGAACGACGACCGUCUAGUAACAGGAAGUCCCGCUGUCGAAGGGCUCUAAUAGGUGCGUAUAUAUUUUGUUGUGUCAAUAUUUCCGCUGAGUGAAUAUCGCCCAAAAGUAUUUUAGCGACAAACAUAACUUGGGCAACAUAUCUCCUGCGUUCCAACGUGUCAAGCCCGAGGAGCCUACAUCGCUCUUCAUACGGUGGUAAAUUUUACGGGUCUCGCCAUGGAAGACUACGGAGCGCGUAUCUAAUGAAUUUAUUUUGUAUUGAUUAGAAUCUACUUAUCCAGUUUAACUGAUACGGGCAUCACGCGAUUGCAUUUGAUUACAGAAUGGAACGCACCAGUAUACUGUAAAGUGACAUUGUGGAGCACGGAAUUCGUUGGCUACUUUAAAUAUAAAUCCUAGUUGUCGGUUAGUCUUUGCAAUUAUGUUGUCAUAAUGGGGGCGAAAAGUCAACACUGUGUCAAGCAGUCUUCCGAAAAACACUUACACAUGUCCACGCGAUGUGAAAAUUCCAUGUUUCUGUUUGAAUUCGAACAUGAUUCUCGCUAGUGUUGAGUGUCUAUCCCCAACACGAACAAUGAUACACAAACAUAAACAUGUGAAAACAAACACGAUGUUCAUAAUUCAAGAACAUCAUGUGCUAACAUAUCACCCGAAGUCGCAGUAUUCAAUGCUUUCGUUUCGUUUCUAUUCAUACACGGAAAGAAAUUAUUCAUCCCAAAACAUUUCUUCGUAGAAUACUUUUUCACAGAAACGAACUUGAAAUUUAGUUCGCAAUACAAAAAUUGCAUGAACUAAUAGGCUAUGAGUUCAUGCACAUUUUGCAAGUCUGAUCAAAUAAUCUUUGGUUUCGUGCAAAGAAAACAUUCUCUGAAUAAAAAGAAGCUUUCUAUGAGAUUUUUUUGUGUACAUGUUGCCAAUUGAAGUCUGGAGAACCGACUGCACAGCGGACGACGUCGUACAAAUGCUGGCCAAAUAAAUAAAUACCCAAAAAUUUGUUUCAGAUGCAUGUUUUCAGGAAUGUUUACAGAUAUUCUUGAUAUUUUAAUGAAAGUUUGAUUAGGGCGGUCCAAGUUAGGGCGUUCAAAAAACCAAUUCCGAAAAAUUCCAAUUGUCACCUGCAAAAUUAUUAUGAAAAAAUCUGUACCAUAUUCAUGAUUAGCUUUUGCGAUGACGAUUUGUGAAAGAAUUACAAUCAACCCUCCUUCAAUAUGUGUUUUGUAUCUCGAUACUCUAUAUAUUUAUACCAUUAUAAAUGGCUGUUGGAGGAAAGAUUAGCUUCAAUGACAGUUAUACUACGCAUAGAGACAGAUCAGUCGCCCUAGCAAGCCAUUAAUUUCUCGAUGUUAUCACAAACUGAAUGAAGGAAAAAACUGAAAGCUACACUUACACUACACUACAUAUGCUAUUUGUGUAUUAGCCGUUUGUAAACUUUCAAAGAUCCAGUCAAAAUUGUUGCUCGCGUAGUCGAGUGGUUAGCGUCACGCCUAACAUGUCACUGCUGAAUAGUUAUGGUACUUUAUAUUCUAUAAUUAUUUCUAUAAUUUUAAUAUUAUAAUCAAAAUUGGUUGUGGGUAACUAAACAUCUUCGCCACGCUCUAUUCAAUUUUAGUACUUAUUCAAAUAGCUAAUAAUAGCGAAUGUUACAUGAAUUCAAUAUAUAAAUUGAUGCGUGCACUAAAUAAUGAUAUCAAUUGUGGAGAACUCUGAUAUCAAUCGACGUUUAUUUUGCUCAGAACAGGUUUAUUUUAUUUGCCCAAAAUUUUAGACGAAACACCCAUUGUCAUGAUAGGAAAGCAUUUUUUCCAUGUCAACAUACCAACACACCACGUGUUGAGUGGUGGUGGUGUGGUGUCCGUUUCACUUCUUCUACUCUACGCACUGCCGGUGCUUGGGGUGAAAAUACAAGAGAAACUGAACACCAUGUUCGAACAUCAUGUGAAACAUUAGGAUUAAACAUGUCCAAACUUACUACGAAUACAAACAUGUCACAUUUUCAAACAUAGGUACGAAAAAAUCAUGUUUGUAUUCAAACACAAAACUGCGAACAGCCACGUGGACAUGUUUGUCCCGAAUGCAGUGUUUUUUGUGAAACAUGGAAGACUGCCUGGGCAUAUCGAGCAGCAACCGAAGUGCCCUGUUCUGGGUUCGUUGCAAUUUUAUUUUGUGAGUAUCUGCACAUGACCCCCACACUGGGGUAGCAUAAAAAAUUAUUGGAGCAAUUAUUUGUUUAUAGACGGCAAUUUUGUUAGGCCUAGAUAAUCUGGAUUUGCGACAGAUUAGUGGAUAAAGACUCACUAGAACGAAGCAUCUGACAAUGAUAUUUUCAAUAUGGGAUCGAAAAGUCAACUUAGAACUUAGUGUAAUUCCAAGAUAUUUUACUUCGGAAGACCAAUCAAUCGGAUACCCACCCAGUAAGAUUUGAUAGUUUGAUGGUGGGUUCAAUUUAUAUAUUUGCCGAUGUUUGAUAAUAAUUGCUUGGGUUUUAGAAGCGUUGAUUUCAAUCUUCCAGGAAGAAGCAUAAUCAACAAAGCUGUUCAGGCAUUGCUGAAGUUUGCUGGUGAGUUCUUUUUUUUUCUUUCUUUCUUCAUUUUGUUUAUUUGGACUAUAGGCUGUAAGCCCGUUAGCCUUCUUAAAAUUAAACGUGAAUACAGAAAACAUAAAACAUACAAACUUAGAACUUAUACAUUCAGUUGGUCUCUAAAAUAUAAUCUUAAUCUUCUUCGAAUUUCUUCUGAUGUCAUAUUUACAGAAACAACAUUUUGCAGCACGUUGAACUCACGCAUAAAUCUGGCUGUCGGUUCAUGCUGGGUGUAAUUUCUGUUCCUCAGGGGUGGGUCAAACAUCCUCCGUCGACGAAGAGAAACGGGGCUGGUGUUGAAACGAAUCCUGUCGUAGAGACGCGGGCUUUUCACGUGUAGUCCGACCUUUUACACUGAGAGCAGUGUCAUCUGCGUAAAGUGACAACAUGCACCAAGGACGGGAAAGGACGGACAUCCGAUGUAUAUAAAUUAUAAAGUACAAAGCCUAGUAAACUACCUAGUAGGCACACCUGCUGGAAUAGGGAUGGUUUUAGAUGCGAUUCCAUUCAGCGAUACCUUGAACGACCUUUGACUCAGGUAGCUACGAAUGAUUUUAACCCAAUAUAUUGGAAAGUUGUAGUGAACGAGCUUGUAAACAAGACCACCAUUCCAAACCUUGUCAAAUGCCUUUUCAACAUCUAGCAAUGCUAUGGUGGUGGACUUGGCUAUAGCUCAAUAUUUGUUGAUGUUGUUUUUCAACCGAAGCACCUGAUGUGAUGUUGAGUGACCGCCUCUAAACCCAAACUGUUGCGAAGGAAAGAUAUUAUUGUUUUCAAUCUGCAUCAGCAGUCUUAGAUAUAUUAUUUUCUCAAACAGCUUACAGAGCGAUGAGAGCAAACUUAUUGGCCUGUAGCUGGAUGGGGAUGUUGGGUCUUUCCCGGGUUUGAGAAUGGGGAUAACUUUCGCUAGUUUCCACAUAGAAGGAAAGUAGCUAAGUUCCAGGAAUCUAUUGAAAAUUUGGCAUAUAGUUGUAUAUGCUUUCCUAUUCAACUGUUUUAAAAUUAUGUUGAAAAUGCCGUCAAACCCGGGAGUCUUCAUAUUUUUGCUGCUCUUCAGCGCUGGGCAAAGCGGCUUUGGAGUAAUGACACCUUCUGGGGGAACAGUGCUAGCUUGGUUGUCAAGGUCGGUGAUGCCCAAUGAAACCAUUUGAUCAUGUGGGCUCUGCAUGUGAAGUCCAAUAUUAUGAGAACAAUAAAAAUCGUCUCUGAUAGCAUCAGCCUUCUCGAUUGGAGUAAUCAAAGUUGACUCCUCGACCCUCAAAGGUGGAACAGGUCUUCAACACUUUCGCUAAUUUCCAUUUCGGAGUGAUUUCAUCCUUGAUGCAAUAAUUCUAGUGAGACUACGAGCAAAGCGUCUUUUAUCCUGAUCACCCGACCUUUGAAAUUUCCGUCUAUAUAUGUUCCUAAAUCUAAUUAAUAAUAAUGUAUGGGGGUCAAUUUCAAUAAACUUACCCCUAACAGGAACACUUCGAAUACAGGUCCUUUCUGCCUCCGAUAUGGCUUCGCGAAAAUCUCCAAGUGCACGGUCAAUAUCUGCUGAUGAAUCGAGAGCUGGAUUCUCCUCGAUGUUGUCAUCUGCUAUUCUGCCAAACACCAUCCAGUCCACAUGGUGGUAAUCCUUGAGUUGCUGCACUGAAACCGUAGCUGCAUCACCUACAACUUUGCAGAUUAUCGGAUGAUGAUCAGAGCUCAACUCAUUAAGGGAGAUUGGUUUUGAUGUGUUAACGUUGGCCAGAAAUAUGUCCAGAGUAGAAGCAUUGCCAGAUGGUGACCAAUGCGUAGAACUGUCUGGAAAAUGAACUGUGCAGUUUCCGAGCUGAAGAUGGUCAAAUAGCAGCAGCCCGUUGGAGUUUCGUCGGUGAUUGCCCCACAGCUCGUGCUUCGCGUUAAAAUCUUCACCCACUAUCAACUUAGUACUGGUACGAGUGAUGAUGGACAGAUCCCUUUUAAAUUUUUCUGACAGUCCACUGGUAGCUGUGCACUGACGAGGACAAUAUGCAGCAACAAAUUGGAGCGUACCAGUUGUCGUCCUGCGAAAGCCUGGAUACCUUUUUUACGAUGAUAGCAACCCCUCCUUCCCUGGAAUUGGGGCGGUCCAGUCGAACGAUUGGCAACGAGAAAUUAUCACUGGAUGUUAAAUGGGACUCUAUUAUGAACCCUACAUCAAUUUUAUGUUCCCUGACAAAUCCUUCCAGCUCCAGCUUCCAGCCCGAACAGAGCAAGGUGAAGAUUUUUAGGCCGUUAGUCACCAUAUUGGAGUAUGAAUGUUUCGAGCACUUGCAUCUGCUCGGGUUUGCUGCGACAUUGACGUAGAGCACCCGUCAUGUUGAUGAAAAUCUCUAACAGUUCUGCUAGCUUGAAUAGAUCCGCGUUGUUCUUUGAAGUAUCGGAUUCUGGUUUUGAUUGCUAUCUGAGCCCAGGGGGAGGAGAAGUCCACUGAUUGUUGAUAGGAAUACCAACCAUAUUGAUUCGGAAGGAACUACGGUUAUUCAACACUGGAAAACCAUCUGCUUUGAAAACAGGAUCGAACUGUUUUUUCGACUUCAGAUGGUUGUUGGAUGAUGCCUGUUUUCGAAUACGUUUAAACACCUCGCGUUUAGAACAUUGUUUGUCGGAUCCCGAAUGGUCACCUCCGCAAUUAGCACAUUUCAGAGCUGCAGCACAUUCAAACGGACAUCGUUGGCAUUGAGUAAUGUCUCUAUUUCCACCAAGGUACAGCUCCCAUUUCACAAUGAUGGAAAAAAAAGAGAACGGAUUGCUUGAAGACCGUUCAUCGUUACUGUUCCUCUUUUAAAAUGGAGUAGGGUAACACGGGGUGAUUUGGACCACCCCUUUAUCUCAAAAAGUACGGCUCAACUUGGAUUUUUUAUAAUGUCCUUUCCUUCUAUUGUCGAACCGUAUGUACCUAAAGUAAAAAAAAACUUUGGUAAAACUUCACAACUAGAGGGAAACGGUAGCAUGAACACAGCAAGCACUUUGAUCGUCAAAAAAUGUUAGUUUUCCGAUAGUAGUUUUAUGAUUUUUCCCGCUAAUUAAACAAACUUUUCGUGUAUUGUGCAGUAAAGUUUUGUUCGCCUACAGAAGAGGAACAAUUUGAUGUAGCGAAACUGUAAGUUGGAAACAAUAAAUGAAAUUAAUUGCAUUUUAGUUUUUGCCUGUUGUGUGGGGUGACAUGGACACGUUUCUGUGGGGUGAAUUGGUCCUACAGGUUUGAGACUUUUCUUUGGUCUAAUUGAUUCCAGAUGCCGCUGAAUUACAAAAGAGGAUGGACAGACACCGUUGGAAGAAGGAGGAGCUUGAAAGAGCAACGCAGGCCAUCGAGAACGGAUUUCCUUUGACCAAGCAUCGAAAGUGUUUGAAAAUGCUCGAACAACAGUGAAAAUAUUCAUGCAGAAUUCAAGAUGGUGUCAAUCCAACUUUACUGGUCUGGAAUCUGGCCAAGACACCUGGUAUCGAUCCCAAAACAUUGUUACUGAAUGUAACAUUAUCCCAAAAUACUUUACAUAAACAUAAGUAUGUUUUUUUCGAUGAAACACACACUGGACCAAAUCACCCCACAGACGGUCCAAAUCACUCCGCAUCAAAUUUUAAUGUUCAAAAAUCAUCUCUUUUAUUUUAUGGUAUAUUUGGUAGAUUGAAGCUUUAAAUGAUGUGAUUAAACAUUAUUAAUUGAGAGGAAACAUGAGUAGCUCAGUAUACAAUGUGACAUUUUUUAUUUAGACCGUAUUGGUUUGGAAAUAUUAGACGAUUUACUUAGGUGGUCCAAAUUCCCCCCUUUUCCCCUAAAUAGAGACGAUCUCGAUAAUGUUUAGGAAGGAAAGGAAGGUAUUGUAUUAUAGAGACUUUAAACUUUUGCAGUUCAUUCGUCUCUAGCCUUGAGAAAGGCCCUUUGAAAACUCUACUCUAUUCUACUCCAGCGCUACCACCUCCGCCCUCUUGCCUUGAGAAAGGCACUCGAUCCCUCGCCAUCCAGCCCGUCCAGCAACGAUGUUGUCCAGUCGGUGUAUACACAAAGAAUGCAUGUUUAGGAAGGAAGGAAGGUAUUGAAUUAGAGAGACUUUAAACUCUGAGAGUUCAUUCGUCUCUUGCAUGUUUAGCUUUUUCUUCACGUCUUUUAUAGUGGUCACGGAGCUCAGAAAUGAGAUCAUUUAUAUCAAGUUCUGGUAAUCCUCUCAAAACAGCUUUGAAUGGUUUUUCCCCCGGAAUGUCGUGGGAGAAAAACUCGGCCUUUAUUUCCUUCAGAUAUGCUGCAGUAUUACCGUAUUCUUCUCUGGAGGAUACCACCACUUUGAUGCCGAUUCGGCAAAGUUUAAAUACUUCUGUUCGCCUCGAAUGCCGAACACCGAUUGAGGUCCUAGCACUUCACCGCAUCGUCGAAUAAAUACAGGAGGUAGUCUAUCUGGUCCGGGACCUUUGGCUGGGUUCAAUGCACUGACAACGUCUGUGAAGGUUGAAAACGGAAAGUUUAUAUUGUACGACGGCCAUGAAUUCAACAAUUUCAGGCAAUCAGGCGCGGAAUCAGCAGUAUGGAUUUGAAAAAAGAAACGAAGAGUUCGACUGAGCCGUUGAUAUCGUCACUGCCCCUUUAAUCAAAGGACAUUACCGACGGAAUCGACUGCGUCUUUCCGACUCUUAAAAAAUCGCCAGAAAGAGAAGGGAUUUGCCACGACCUCGUUUUAGAUUCCAAAACGUUUCAGGCUUCCGUUCAAUGCUCUCAAUACUUGACGUCCAUGACGUCCACUUACUUCCACUUUCAAUGCGUUGGAGCUCUCAGUAAGCACAAACCAUGGAGAGCAAUUGCUUUACUGUUUUCGCUAUAACUUCCGCAAUUCAACAGAUAGUGCUGUCAAAUUUUGUUUGAAAACUCAUUGGUUACUAUGAUUGACGAUACACAAGUGGUCUCAUAAUCGGGUGUUGAGACCAACGCAUGAAAAAUUGGUGAAAUCUGUCCAUUUUUUAAUGCAAGCUUCAAUGUAAAUGUGAAUGAUUCACGUAAAAGCCUUUUAUUUGAGUUCAUCGUGCAAGACUUUAAAACAUCCAAUUGGAACAUAAACACUGUUUUUUUUUUUGAAAAACUUGAAGCCCACAAUGCGUAACCACAAUCCUCAAAACGACGACAUCGCUUAUUCCAGAAAAAAAAGACAUUUUUUUUGUAAUCUUGGACUACCCGUUGAUACACCGCGGACAACAGUCCCUAGUUGGGACUAAGCGAAAACUUUUUCAUUUGCCAGUUCUAUACACAAAAAAAUCGUACGACAAAUUAGAAUCCAGGUCAAAUAACUUGUACAGAUGACUUUUGCCAUACCCUUGUAGAUGACAUACACACAAAAAACUAAAAAAGGGUAGAAUUAUUACGAGAAAAAGCAAAACUUCAUUUCGAUAAAAAAACAAACAUCAGUUAAUAGCAUGAUACAUCAAUAUUCAUAAUCAUCAAACCAUACUUUACACAGAAACAUAAAGCAUGAAGGAAGCUAAGUGACUCAAUAAACAAACGAAAAUUACGAAUAUGAGUUUUUUGUUGAAACAAUUUAAUAUGUUUAGUUUCUACCGAACACAAAGGUAAUUUCAUGCUUCGUGCUUUCAAUAGGAACACUUAUUGGUAUCAUGAGGUCCAUAUUUUUCACGCGAUGAGGAAACAUUCAAGCAAAAAACGUUUAUAAUAAACUAAGCGCUCAGUGGAGAUUUCUAUCUUCUACAAGGUGAAGUCGGGAGCUCGAAAAGCCCUACGAAAUGGCGAGAACGGUAAAAAUACCAAUUUUUAUGUUCUCUGAUUUGGCUGAUAACAAUAUGGAAUCUUUAUAUUGUUUCUACAAUUAUGCAAUACUCUAAACAUGAACUGUGAUGGCCACCGACCAAAUUGUUGAGUAAAAUAAAAAAAAACAAAGCCUCUCUCCCAUCUUGCGGAAUAUAGGGAUUUUCUGAAAAUCCCACACCCAACAGAACAAAAAAAAAUGAAAUGCGCUUUCACAAGGAUGUAAAAAUACGUAACACGUUGUAAAGAAAACGGAAAGUCAUCAUCUCAAAAGUGGUGGUCAUCUUUCGCUAGCGUUAGAGAAAAGUCUUUAAAUUCUUCAUUAUCUUAUAAAUACAUGAAUACUAUACAAAACUUUCUAAUAAAUUCUAAAUAAAAGCAUAACAAGAACAGAAAUAUACACAAAAUAUCUGAUGAAAAGAGUGAUUAUAAAAGAAUGGAAUCGACAAAAAAACAGUUAUAUGCAAACAAGGUCUUUGCUGUAGUAUACAUAUUAUAUUAGAUGAAUUCCAAACUUGAGUAAUUAUCAAAACAAAACAAAACAAACGGAAAGCGAACAUGUUGAGUUUACGCAUAACGACUUAUCGAGAAUUAUAUUUUACUACGUAAAACCUUCAUUUGUAAACGAUUAAAAUCUGGAGCUUCUUUUUAUUUCGGAACGCUUCCUCCCGCAGAGAGCUGAGUCGAUCAAACGAAACAGGGAAAAAUUGAUCGAUCCGCUCAAAAGUACACGCAAGUAUAUCCAUCAUAACGUUCAAAUAAGUUUAAACGAUCAUUUAUGCUUACUACGAGACUUACGAAUGAUUAUUGAAAACACGCGAGGACAUUGUUAAUAUAAUUAUAUAAUUAACGAGAGAAACAAAAAAAACAGUUAUUGAUUUCCGCAUUUAUUAAAUAUAUAUUAGCUAUUGAACCAUCUACAAAACACACAUAAUAAACAAAGCGAAAACAGCAGCAAACGUAUUUUACGCAAAGUUAUGCGAGUUUAAUGCAAAAGAGCGGCUGGUGAACCCCAAAUAGGGGAUACCAUUUUGCCGCAUUCCAUAGGGGAUGAGAGUAUGCAAAAAAUAAAAACAAUACUUUGAACUAAGUGAAAAUAUUAUACAUAAGAUAGAAUGAACAUGAGAAUGACAACUAGAAAAAUGUAAUAACUUUGAAAUUAGAAAUAAAACAAUUG